AUGAAAACGAGUUUGCCAUCGUCGAGCAUGAAUUAUCUACAAAACAAAGAAGAAGAAAAUUUUAAAUCUUCAAUUAUGUGGAAUAAAACAAAAACUGAAAAACCUUUUCGUUUGCUUGCUAAAAGUGUGUCUGUACAUUUCGUGUCUCUGAGUAAAAUCUUUGCAGAAAAUAAGGCAGAUGACAUCACUUUUGGACUUGAAAUUCCUUUAAUAUUACAAGAGGAUCUCAAGUGUAUGUACUUAAGAAGAGCAAGUGUAAAGAGAGUAUCUAUAUUUGUUCCCGAAAAGGCUAAAGUUUCGCUUAUCGAUGGUAAAACGCAAAACAAACAAUCAACGGCUUGA